GCCUGCCACCGCGGGCGCCCAAGCAGCGUGGUCGCGCGGGCCGCAGACGUCGACCGACGCCCGCGCCACGCCCUCGUCGGCUUCGCGGCCUGCCAGCGCCGCGGCCUCACCAGCGCGGCAGCGCCAGCGCGACUCGCGCGCGCACGAGACCCAGCGGUCGCCCCCCGCGCGGCGGCCCCGGCCCGGGACAGCACCCACCCUCGGCGCCGAGCCGCUGGGCCUGAGGCCCGUUGGCUCGAUCCACUUCGCGUUCGGCGCCGGUCCCGCCGCGCUGGCGCUGGGCGGCAAGGAGGACGGCCGCUGCCAAGGGCAGCCGCUGGCCGCCACCUUCCCGCUGCGCCCCCGCGGCCGCUCCAAGGGGCCCGCCGAGCGGCGGCGGCCGCCGGUGUGCGGCGGCAGCGCCGCUGGGCUGCUGCAGGGGCUCGCGCCCGCCACGCAGGAGGAAAACGAGCUGGUCGGGAGCCACAUGGCCCUGGCCGCCGCCGCUGGCGCAACCGCCUCGCAGCCGGCGGCCCUGGCAGCGGCGGUCGAGGCGUUGCCGACUUACGCUGGGAAACAGAAUUUCCUCGGCUUCAUCGCUGGCCAAGGCGCCGCUGGCGUGGCAGCUCCAGCCCCCGAGGAGGAGUUCGAGCGCGCGGCGGAGGCGCUGGAGAGGCAAAUCGGCCAGCUGAGGGACCGAGGGCUCCUUCCCACCCGCGCCCGACGGCCUCGAGGAGAACGCGCAGGCGCCGAGCGCGGGGCGCUGGCGAGAGGCCGCCGCCGCUGCGGAGGCGCUGGACAGGUCUGGCGAAGCGCUGGACCGGUCCGGCGCCGCCGCGGGCAGCGUGGCGGCCGCGCUGUUGCGGCGCUCUGUCGGAGGAGGCUGGCUGCCGCUGCCUGCUGCGGCCGCCGCCCCCGUCGGCCCCCCCGCCCCCCGCCCUCCAGGAGCAGCGGUGGAUCCUGCAGCAGUACAAGUACGUCCGCGGAGGUCGAGCCCGACGUCCCACCGAUCGGCCAGCUGCUCUUCGACGACCCCCCAGCGGAGGCGCCCCCGGCGGACCAGAGGCUGGUGCAGUACAACGCCUCCAGCACGGCGCUGCGGCGCUGGAGCCCAGAGGCCCGGGCCGAGGGCCGCGCCGCCGCCCAGGACGAGCGGGGCGCCCGGCACCUGGAGGCGGCGCGGCGGCGGCGCCGCGGCCUGGAGCGCAGGCGCCUCCGGCUGGGCUUGCCGUGGGUGUGCCGCGGUGCCGGCGUCCUCCACGUGGGCGCGCUCCAGAGCAAGCUGCGCGCGGCGGUGUUCGGCGGCGGCGAAGUUGCAGGGCUCCCGGGGCCGACGUCUUCCGCGUUCCGGUCGCCACUGGCAGCGGCCCGCGGCGACCCUGUCACCGGCGCGGCGGUGGCGAUCCUGGCGCUCACGCUGGAGAGACAGCGGGGCCAGCACUACGAUCUCUCCGCCCUGGGACUCGCCGGCGACUCUGGCUGCCCAGGCUGCGUCGCCCCAGCCAGCCACGGCAAUUUGGUCGAUAGCUGGGACGAGCAUGCCCACAUCGGCGGUGCAGAUGAGAUUAUUGAUGUUCUGGAUGGGUGA